AUGAAAUCCGGCAAACAGAACAGGAACUUUGUUGAACCUAUACGGGAAAGUCUCAUUAUUGAAGGACCGGAUAUUAAUGGUAUCGUCGGCGACCUUACUGCAAUAAACAUUCAACGUGGUCGGGAUCAUGGCCUACCACCCUAUGCAGUUUUCCGAGAACUUUGUGGAGCAGGAAAGGCGAAAUUCUUUCCUGACCUUCUCACCACAACAACACAGAAAAACAUCGACAAUCUCAAAUCAGUGUAUCUAACUGUGAAAGAUAUCGAUCUCUUCCCCGGCGGCAUCACCGAGUCUCCUGUUAAGGGAAGUCAAAUGGGGUUCACCUACACUUGCCUUAUGACCAAGCAGUUUUUUAACUUGCGCUUCGGUGAUCGAUUUUGGUAUGAAAGGAACAAUCCUGAAACUGGGUUCACCAUUGAACAACUGGACCAGAUACGACAUGUCUCACUGGCACGAGUGUUGUGCGACAACAAUAAUAGCGUGUUCUUCAUUCAGGGAAAGGCCUUCCGUCCGAAAACGGGUAAAAGUGGAGAUAAUCCUGUAGUUGAUUGCGACUUACUGCCCAUGAUUGACUUGGAACAUUUUGUAGAGAAAAAAGAGGAACCAAUGAAAGUUGAAAUGCCCGCUGAAACAGCCGUCUGACGAGUUAAAGGCCUGGUAUGUUCGAUUUUGAAGAAAAGGCAUGUGCAUCGGACUUGCUGAUGGAUAACACUCUUCUCUUUUUCAUUUAUUUAUUUAUUUAUUUGAAUAUGCCUCAAGUAAGCAAUUAAUAAGCAAUUAUUAGGUUAAGUUAUUAACUGUGAAACUGUUCAACAAAAGGAAUUUAGGCGAAAGAUCAAGCGACGAAUGUGUUUUGCAAGAGCUCUAUGUCUGUGGGUUACGAUGCCUCAUUUUGUCAUUUUUCGUAUUCGGUAGUCAAGUUAAUGUAGUCCAUGAUCACUUCAAUUAUUUCUCAGUUAUGUUGUAGAAUUCAGUCGGUAAAUGUGUCGUCAGAGGUAGCUUGGGCUACCCAUUUUAAAAUAUACAUUGGUUGUAUUCCACUCCAGUGAAUUACUUAGACAAUGCCAUGUAACUUUGCUGUUUAGUUUGAGGAAAUAAAGCUUCUGCUUGAAAAAGUC